UCCCCGCUGCUGGCUCAUACCUAACCUAAAAAUAAAGCUCUUGCGGGGGUUGCAGAGGACGAUGUCGCCGCGGCAACACCCGGGUAUGACAUAAUCGGCAAUCAUUCGGUGUACGACGUCUACAGCGGCAAAGACGACAAGAAUGGCUGAGUCAUUGCUCAACGUUGGCUCGUUACCGCUAAGAUCCCAUUGGGCCGACGAGCAACAACAGCAGCAUCAGCAGCAACAAGAGUCGAAGAACGCCAGCAACAAUGACUCGGAACAGAGUAGCGGAGACAGCAGCGACGAGAUUAGCCACGACUUUGGUUGCAAACCUAAAAGUUGGAACGAGCUGAGGGGCGUCGUUAGCGAUCUCCGAAGGCGUAUGUCCGGCAUGUCCGCAGGCUCAGUACCUGGCUCCAUCACCUUCAGGUCCUUGCCCGACGGAAGGAUAAGAAUAUAUUUCUUGAGCACACCAAGUAAUGGCUGGGAGACAACACUUUUAUACGUAGAUGUAGCUCAUUCGGAUCAUGCCAAUGGCUACCGCUUGCAGUGGCAACCUGUUAUAGAAGCUAACUUUCAGAGUAUCUCCAGUGUCAAUCAAUUGUCCAAGGAAGAGCAGUUGCUCUCAGAGAGAAAAAGACUAGUGACGUGGGGUAUAACCAGUUAUGAAAUACAUCCAGAUAGUGGAAAAUUAGUCUUUCCUGCAGCAAGCAGUCUAUAUCAAUGUGUAGACAGUGGUUUUGUGUCUGGACCUCUUUUUCCAUCUGAGCUUAGAAUGUCUACUUCUGGUGCAAAAUUAUGUCCACAAAUAUGUCCUUGGAAUAAUGCCUUAGUUGCUCACACAUGUGCUGGAGAUAUACACUUGUCUCAUAGCAUUACAGGAUCCUCAGUAAGAUUGACGCAUGCCAGAAAAGGUGGCAAAAGUUUAGCUGACGACCCCCUAAGCGCUGGAACGCCUUCAUAUGUAAUGCAAGAAGAAUUUACAAGGUAUAUAGGUUAUUGGUGGCAACCCAAGUCUCCUGAUGGUAUUUACAGGAUAGUCUACGAAGAGGUAGAUGAAAGUGAUGUGAAAAUAUUUUGCUUUCCAUCAUCAGAAGGCUCUCAUGAUGUUGAUGAAUUCCGAUUUCCUCGAGCCGGCACGCAAAAUGCGAAAAGUAAUUUGAAACUGGUGCAAUUCAAAGUGACAGAAUCGUCACAAAUCAUCGAUGUAGAAACCCUUGAACUUCAGUAUCCAUUGCAGCAUAUGUUCCCGUGGAUGGAAUAUCUGGUCAGAGUUGGUUGGAUGCGAGAUGGUCGACACAUAUGGCUUCAAUUAUUAGAUAGAAAGCAGCAAAGACUGGAGUUAGUUCUACUAUCAGUAGAUAACUUUUGUGAACCUCCACCAAAUGUAUACAAUUCAGAAAAUCAUUUUACUCCAUCCUCGGCGUCCGUACAGGUGAUCUAUUCGGAAACCAGUCAACACUGGAUAAAUGUUAAUGACUUGCUCCAUUUCCUGCCAUCAGACGAUCCAACAGAAAUAAAAUUCAUUUGGGGCAGCGAAGAGACUAAUUUUAGACACCUGUAUCUUAUUACAGCUAGCAUAGCUGGUUCUGGAAAUGAAGUCGAAGAAACUUUGGAUCGAUUGGAUAGCGCAUUUAUGCAACCACGUAUAUUAUCGAAAGUAGCUCUAACACAAGGUGACUGGGAAGUUCUUGGACGAGAAAUAUGGGUAGACGAAGCCAACUCAAUUGUUUAUUUUGUUGGCCUAAGAGAAGGCCCGUUGGAACAACAUGUUUACGCCGUAUCCCUUCACCGUCCAUUAGAAAUUAGAUUACUCACAAGGCCCGGUUACAGCUACAAUAACGUGUAUUUUAACAAAGAAUGUGCGAUGAUGGUGGCUGUAUACAGUUCGAUAAAAACCUUGCCCGCGUGCCAAGUAUUCCGAAUAUCGCAAUCUGAUUGGACAGUGGAAAAUAUAUCUCUUACACCUGUUGGAUUUUUACUUGAACCAUCGACACCAGAGUCGGAUCUGUUUGCUCCGGAAAUUUUCUCACGCAAAAUUUCUUCAGGAGAUCUGAUAUACUCGAUGAUAUUCAAACCGCAUAAUUUCAAGCCUGGAACAAAGUAUCCGACUGUUUUAAAUGUUUAUGGUGGUCCUGAGGUUCAGUUAGUGUCCAAUACGUUCAAGGGAAUGAGGCAUCUCAGAAUGCACAUGUUGGCAGCGCAGGGUUACUGCGUGGUAUCCAUCGAUUCGCGAGGUUCUCAUCAUCGAGGAAUUGCAUUUGAAAGUCAUUUGCAACGGAAAAUGGGAACUGUAGAGCUGGUUGAUCAAGUUGAAAUCCUUCGCUGGCUGGCCGAGACGACUGGUUACAUCGAUUUGAGUCGUGUCGCAAUUCACGGUUGGUCUUAUGGAGGCUAUUUGAGCUUGAUGGGUUUAAUUCAGUACCCCGAUGUGUUCAAGGUAUCCAUUGCCGGCGCUCCCGUAACAUCUUGGUAUUUUUACGACACAGGCUACACGGAGCGGUACAUGGAUCUACCUCAAAACAACGUUCAUGGCUACGUUAACGGUUCGGUUUUGACCUACGUCAAUAAAUUUCCCGAUGAAGAGAAUCGUUUAUUGAUCAUUCAUGGAUUGAUAGAUGAGAAUGUUCACUUCUUUCACACCAGUCAGUUAGUUAAUGCUCUUGUGAAGACUGGCAAGCCAUAUCAGCUGCAAGUUUACCCUAAUGAGAGGCAUAGUCUCCGAAGUUUAGAUGCUAGUAAACAUUACGAGACAACUCUUCUCUCAUUUUUACAAAAUCAUCUAUAAAUGUUCGAUAGCAUCACCUUAUACGUACAGUCCAACCCCUCCUUUGAAUUUGUAAAAUUUUUGAUGAAUAAGGAAGACAAAGCGAGAGAAAGGGUGAAAGUGAGAGAGAUACGAGCAACAUUGUUGUUAUGCUAAGCAAUGAAAGUAACUGCCGGAAAUUUAUGUACAUAGAAUUUGAAUAUUGAAAUAUUCAAUUUUAGUUUUUCUUCAACUAAUCGUCGUAAAACGAACGAUUGGUAGAUUCUAAUCCAAGACGAGAUUUCUUUUUUAAAGACUUAACAGUAUUACUUAUAUAAUAUAAAAAAAACUUUUUAAUAAAAAUCUUGCAGCAAUGUAGACUUAUAAAUUGGUUUUCUUUGACAGCAUUUAGCUGAUGAUUUUAACAAGACUUUGCUUUUGUAACAAUGUCAAAAGUUUUCUCGUCAAUGUUUAUUAAGUGUGGUGGUUGAAAUUCUAAUUUUUUUAAUUGUAAAUUGCCUGAAAUGAUGAUAGGCUCUAAAUAAAAUAUGUUAGCCUUUAAAAUUGUGUAAACGAGCCCGUUGGUUUUUAAAAUGACAAUGGACAAUACUCGCAAAACUCUGUACAAUACAUUUAUACAUAAUAUAACACUAAGAUCAUUGACUUUUUUUAAUGUCUUUUCCAAUUGUACUUAUUUGCAAUUUUCGUGUAAACAUAUGUGCGUGCGAUCUAAUGAUUUAUAAUAUUUUUAUGUUAAACUUAAUAUAUGUAAUUGCAAGUAACUAAUAUUUUUUAUGACAAUGAUAAUUCAUAAUCAAAGUAUUUUUUUUGAAAGAGGCAAACAUUUGUUGCAUUUUUGUGAUCGACAGAUAUCUAACGUGGUUGGUUAAGUAUGAUUU